AUGGCCGCACACGAAGGGCUAGAUUAUGAUCCUGCCGAUGGACAUUAUUCUGAUGUUGUGUUAACCAUUAGAAUACUAAUGGGAAAGGAAAUCCUUCCACUUAUUGGAGAAUAUGGAGAAGUUGUUAGAGAUCUUAGAAACCAAUCUGAAGCAACAAUUACUAUCACUGAUAGCUCAACCCCAGAGCGUAUAGUGACUGUCACUGGGAACAUCAAUAUAAUACAAAAAGCAUUUGCAUUAAUUACAAAAAUUUUAGAGCAGAAUUCCCCUACACACCUUCAAAAUAGUCGAAAACCAUCGAGUAAUAAUUCUACGACAAUAAAACUUAUUGUACCUGCCUCUCAAUGUGGAUCAUUAAUUGGAAAAGGAGGUGUAAAAAUUAGAGAAAUACGAGAAGCUAGUGGAGCUAUGGUAAAUGUAGCAUCAGACCUAUUACAAAAUUCUACAGAAAGAACGGUUAGUAUUAGUGGUACUGCAGAAGCCAUCACCGAGGCAAUUCAUCAAAUAUGUAUUGUAAUGUUAGAGACACCAGGAAGAGGGCCUACAGUUGCUUACAGACCUUUUGUGUCACAACCAGGGCCUGUAGUACUUUGUGGAGGUCAAGCCUAUACUCUUCAAGGAUCAUUAGCAAUUCCAGCAGUUGGUGAUCAAACAGCUUCAAAUGCAGCAUUAAAUACUAUUGCAAGUAUAGCCCCAAAUUUAAUUGCCGGUUCUGGAUUAGAUCCAUCAGUGCUUGCUGCAUUAGCGGGUAGUCAGUUGCGAGGUGGUGGUGUCGGUUCAAAAACUUCACAACAGCAUAUUACACAUGAGAUGGCUAUUCCCAAUGACAUAAUUGGGUGUAUUAUAGGUAAAGGAGGAACAAAAAUUGCUGAAAUUAGAAGAAUAAGUGGAGCCAUGAUAAGAAUUUCAAAUACUGAAGAGCAUGAGGCUUCUGGAAAAAUGGAAAGAGCUAUAACAAUUAGUGGACAAGCUGAUGCUGUUAAUGUGGCUAAAACAUUGAUUAACUUAAGCGUUGAUCAGUAUAAUAAAUCAUCUGGAGAAUCAGUGGAUUAUGAUGAAGAAUUUCCAUCUAAUUUUACAGCAGAUGCAAAAACAACGACUGAAACUUUGGCAACAUUAUUGUCAAAUCCAAAUGGUUUAGGGGCUUUAGGAGCAUUGACCGGACUCAAAGAACUAUUAGGAAGUAUUAACAAUAAAAAACAAAUAAAUAAGAAAAGAGAUAAAAAUGAUAAAUUUUCACCUUAUUGA